UAAAGCCCUCCAAUCCACUCCAAUGAAUUUCCAAAAACAUCUUCGUCUUCCUCUCUUUUCUUGACAACAAAAGCAGAGACUCCCAGAAAGAAAGACAGAACGAAAUGGCAACAGUAGGUGGUAUUAAGGAGGUGGAAGGAUCAGCUAACAGUCUUGAAAUCGACAGUCUUGCUCGUUUUGCUGUUGAUGACUACAACAAGAAACAGAAUUCCGUGCUGGAGUUCAAGAGGGUGUUGAAUGCAAAGCAGCAGGUGGUGGCUGGGAUAAUUUAUUAUAUUACCUUUGAGGUAACUGACGGGGGUCACAAGAAAGUGUAUGAAGCCAAGGUGUGGGUGAAGCCAUGGUUGGAUUUUAAGGAGGUUCAGGAAUUCAAGCUUGUUGCGGAUGCUCCUUGUGAUUCUAGCACCUAGCUAGGUGACUGAAGACUGUAUAGUUCGCUACGCUUGGAGUUGAUGUUCAAAAUAUAUAAAAGUAGAUAAUAACGUGAAAAGAUUUCCAUGUGAUGUAAGGCAAAUAGUAUUUUCUGAACAUGGAUCUGGAAGAUGUUACUCCAUAUAUUUGAAUGAAUAUUGCAUAUUCAUGAAUGGUAUAUCUAUGUUGGCUAUUUUCUUGAUUGUCCCUUGAUUACUUCUGUAAUUCUUCCCUAUUCCCUCUGUAUGGAUUAGGACUUCAUCACUGCUAUAUAUUGAGUACGGUGAUAAGUGUAAUUAUGGUUUUAUAAGUUAUGGAAGUUCUGUACAGUACAGUCUAUGAACUCAAUAAGAAACUUCUUCCUUGUUUGU